GUCUCAGCCGACACCACGUUGCUCACAGACAGCGGCACGUUCAAACUCCACUGUAUUUACUUAUUUUUUACAACCAAGGAGGAAGAAGUUUUGAAACCACAGCUUAGACAUCUGCCGUCGCAAGUUGUAUUGUUGCUGCCCGACAGAGCCACUGAAAGACAGAGUUAAAGAGGGAAGAGGCCGAGAGAAACAGAGGAAGAAACCAUGUUUUAAGUCAACACGUCAUCAUGGGUCUCACCAUGCAUCCCUACUCUCUGUGUUACCAUAUGAUGGUAUUAAGACGUCAGGAUUCUCCUCUACUGUCUGUGAGUUCUUUAGUAAUUCCACACUGAGCGGGCAUCAUUUCCUCUGCAGUUAGUUGGACAUGAACAAAAGCAUGAUUUCAAACGCAUCAUGUCACCACACCAACUGCAAUGACACUCUCACCGUGAAUGACAAUGGCAAGCCAGUGACGAGCAUCCUCAUGUUUCUGGCCGGCGUGGUGGGAAACCUCUUGGCUCUCUUCAUCCUCGGCGUGCACCAGAAGGAGCAUCGCUCCCGGUCGUCCGUCUUCUGCAUCCUGGUGACCGGCCUGGUUCUCACCGACCUGCUGGGUACCUGCCUCCUCAGCCCGCCUGUGUUCAUCUGCUAUGCCCGCAACAUGACGCUGAUCAAUCUGGGGGGCCAAAGCCUGUGCAACAUCUUUGGCUUUGCCAUGAGUUUCUACGGCCUGGCGCCCACGCUCGUUCUGUGUGCCAUGGCCGUGGAGCGCUGCCUGGCCAUCAGCCACCCUUACUUCUACUCUGUGCACAUUCGCCCCAGCUUUGCAAAAUUCACUCUUGUCUUUAUUUACCUCUUCUCGUUGGCCUUCUGCCUCCUGCCGUACACCGGCUACGGCAAAUUCAGACAGUAUUGUCCUGGGACGUGGUGCUUCAUCGACAUGGACGCCACAGGGGACGAGCAGGCCAACUUGUUGCUGGCCUUCUCUCUGUCCUACUCUUCCCUCAUGGCGCUGCUGAUCUUUGCAGUGUUUGUGUGCAACGGUUCGGUGAUCGUCAGCCUGUGCCAGAUGCACCGGAGCCACAGGAUGCGGCGCGGCUCACUCGGGUCGACGGGGAGGAGGAAGAGGCUGAGCCUGGCCUGGUUCGGACAGGGCGAGGAGGAAAUGGACCAUCUGGUGCUGCUGGCGCUCAUCACUGUCAUCUUUGUGGUCUGCUCGCUUCCGCUCACUAUCGCAGGCUUCAUCAACGCCAUUCACCCAUUUUCCGGCGACACGGAGAACCUCACGGCCUUCCGCUUCUACGCCCUCAACCCCAUCGUGGAUCCAUGGGUCUUCAUCAUCUGCCGCAAGUCUGUGUUUCGCCACCUUUCCUCACUGCUGAGCUGCUGCUUCAGCAAAGGAGCCGUGAAGACAACACACUGCGCUCUGUCGUUACCCCUUGACAAUCACAUACAGCACAACCCCCCAGAUUUGACAGUCUCACAGUCCGCGUACUCCAGUUUACCUCUGUGACCGAAAUCCUCGGCUGGGGGAUUUCAAAUCCGAAAUACAUCGGGGCCGAUUUGGGAAAUGACAUUUUCACAAGGAAGUUCACGGCCGUUACAGUUUCUACAUGAACUAACAUUGGAGAAAAUAUUGCACAAGGUCUUAGAUAUUCCUCGAACAGUUGUAACUGUAGCACUGUAACUUAUCACUAUGGAACACGUCAAACCAUAUCAUGCCUGUGAAUCAUAUACUGUAAAAUCAGACUAUAUGCACUCGGGUAAAACUCUAUGGGUAAAAAAUAUGCAUGCAUACUGUUUUCUUUUUUUCUCUAUCAAUCCGCCUUUUCUUUGGGACACAGCCACGUGACUCCAGGAUGAUGGACUCGUCACAUCGACAGCAUCUUUGAAGCCAACGACACUCGACAUGAAGAUGACCUGCAGCUUAUUUCAGUACCAGUCAUCACGACAUGUUAUUCCAUUUUCGCCGACCAGAGUUAUAAUGUGAGUGUCAUCCAAAAGAGAGACACGUAUUUUAUUAAAGUAAAGUUGUCAGUAUUUUGCAAAGCCACUGAUGUUUUUGUGUACAACAAGAAGGGGUACAAAUCCAGCCAUUAGCAUCCAUUAGUAUGUCUGAGCUGGGCUAAAAGUCUGCAGCAACGCUAGAGGUCCUUUUAAAGUUAUGCUGAUGUUGAGCCAUAGACUGUACGAUGGACGACACGUCUCCACUUCCUCUUUUAUCCAGAAAUGAAGCCAAACUGUCCUUGAUAUGAGCGAUGCCAUCUUUCACAUUUUGGAUCCAGAGUCGAGUAGCAAGGUACCGCCGCUACUGUCUCAGCUAUUUCACCCAUUUUUACUUCAUCAAAUAACCAAUUAAAACCAAACCAACUGCAAAAUUAAACACUUACAACGAAAACAACCUAAAAUAACCAAAUAAUUUUGUACUUUUACUUUUAGUUUGGUCUAUGUCCCAUGUGCUAACAUCGAAGAGGCAGUUUUUAAAAAUCUAUAUUACAGCCAGCCACCAGGUGGCAAUCCAGAUUUGGCUUCACUUUGAGGGAGCUUUGAUGUCGUCCAUUUUUAGUCUAUGUAUCUAACAGGUACGAUGUUGACAAUGUUUAGGAGUAAACAAAGUAUAGAGGAGUGUUGCUCACUGGAGGUACGUCAUGAAUCAAUGGAAUGGAUGCAUGUAAGUCCACUUAAACUGAUGAUGGUGCUCAAUGAAUCGUUAUGAGGUUAGCACAAUAUAUAAAUCACCAUAUCAAUGUACCAGAUCUCUGCACAUUAGAUGUCAAAACAUUUCACUCAAAACCAAGAAUAUCAACCUCACGCAUUAGAUUGAAAAGUCAGGAGGUCACCAAGAGUCAGUACUAAGCAUCGUCUUCUCUGGAACAUGAAUGUCAGUGGCCGUCGAACAGUCUUGACCCAAAGGGCUGAACUGAUGGAGCAACACUGCCAUCCCAAACUCCACUUGUGUGUGUGUAAAAAGUAUUUUUUAUAAAAAACGCAGAACUUGAUCUCACCAAGUCUGGGUUCCAGCUGUGUUACAUUUACAUUGUUCCUGUGAAAGUGAUCUUGGAAAUGGUCCUUUCGCUAAUCACCUCUGAAACAUGGUGCGGGUUGUUUUUUGCUGAAACAGAAUAAAUAAUCAAGAUGUACCCUGACAGACAGCAUUGACCUCCUACUGCCCACAGUUCCACCUGCAACACAGCCUGCCACAAUGAAAAACCAAUAUGAAUACAUGCAGUUAAUUAUAAGGGGCCUCUGUGUAAGAUGGGCCCGUAUCUUUCUAAAUUAUAACCUCUGUCCUUUAGUCCUAAAUUCAGGACUUUUCCAAACUGUGUCUGAGAAUUGAGUUAUUCAGGUUUAAAAGUCCAGCUCAUCAUAUAGUUGUAUUGCAUGAACAUUGGAUUGCACCUCACUGAUUUCUAAGCUACCUGUGAUGAUCGUCUGUGAAUGUUCUUUUAAUAGCCACUUGCUUUCAAGAAAAAAGAAACUGCUGCUGCAAAAUGCACUGAAAAUGAAUCUUUUGUUGUCGUGACCAAUGCCGUGUCUGCAUUUAGAUGUAUGAAUGUAUUUAUGCUUUUUCACCGUGCCGUGAUGUUGUGCAUCCUCAUGAUUGUGCUGGUUUAUUCAGUUGAGUGUAGAGAUAACGGUGACAACAGACGUGGUGUUUUCAGUUUUUCCAGAUGUGUUGCGCUUUAUAGUCUUCGACGCUCAGUCACGUGUGACCCGGCGUAAAUCAGAUACUUAUCACUUGCACAUUUUGUUCUUCGGGCGCAUACAUUUUUGAGAUUUGUAUCCAUUGUAAUAAAGAAAUACAUUUUAUUGUAAA